CGGCUGGCCCCCAGUGCAUUCUGGGGAAGUCCAGCAUUGGCUUCCCUCCGCGCGAGGCAGCCUGGGAUAAUGAGGCUUGAUUGUCAUUACGCUGAGACACGACAGGAGAAGAAGCUGCCGCCUCCUCCGCCGCCUCCUUCCGGGUUGGAUGCUCUCGAGGCGCCUCGUGGGGCGGGACGAUUCGUCCGUCGUUUGGCCGCAGCCGCCGGAGCAAUGUACCACAGUAGCACGCAAAGGCGGCACUGGACCUUCCGCACCGAGGAGGACCUGUGGCGCCGCCGGGCAGACGCCAACCGCAAGUUUCGGUGCAAAGCAGUAGCCAAUGGGAAGGUUCUGCAGACGGAUUCGUUUCUUCUCGAGCCACAAGAAGAGCGGACCAUUUGCAAGUACUACGAGAAAAGAUUGUUGGACUUCUGUUCUGUAUUCAAGCCAGCCAUGCCCAGAUCUGUGGUGGGAUCUGCUUGCAUGUACUUCAAACGUUUUUACCUCAAUAACUCUGUGAUGGAGUAUCAUCCUCGCAUUAUUAUGUUAACAUGUGCAUUUUUGGCAUGUAAAGUAGAUGAAUUUAACGUGUCUAGUGCACAGUUUGUUGCUAACCUUCGGGAAAGCCCCCUAGGGCAGGAAAAAGCCCUGGAACAGAUCUUGGAAUAUGAAUUGCUGCUUAUUCAGCAACUGAACUUCCACCUUAUAGUGCACAACCCUUACAGACCAUUUGAAGGCUUCUUGAUUGAUCUUAAGACUCGGUAUCCAUUGCUUGAGAAUCCUGAGACACUGAGGAAAACAGCUGAUGACUUCCUCAAUCGAGUAGCUUUGACAGAUGCCUGCCUUCUGUAUACACCUUCUCAGAUAGCUCUAACAGCCAUCUUAACUAGUGCAUCCAGGGCAGGAAUUAUUAUGGAAAGUUACUUGUCAGAAAGUCUAAUGCUGAAAGAGAACAAAGCUUCCCUCUCCCAGUUAUUGGAUGGAAUGAAAUGCAUGAAAAAUCUGGUAAAGAAAUAUGAGCCACCACAUUUAGAAGAGGUUGCUGUUCUAAAACAGAAGUUGGAGAAAUGUCACAGUCCAGAAGUUGCACUUAAUACAAAUAUAAAGAAGAGGAAAGGCUAUGAAGAUGAUGAAUAUAUUACAAAAAAAUCUAAAAUUGAUGAGGAUGAAUGGACAGAUGAUGAUUUCAUAGACUGAUUGAAAUUCUCCAUACAAACAUAAUCCUGAAUACCUGAGAGGAAUUUAGAGCCUGAGAAUACAUUGGACAGUUCUUUACAGUGAUAUAAUAUGCAUUGCUAAUGUAAUAAAAAUUUUUACAAAGUGA